ACACAGAAGAUGGACGGACAGAUGUCAGAUGCCGACUACCCCGUCUCCCCAUCUCCUUCUCCCCCUCCCCUCUUCCACUGCGACUACACCGACUGGUCUCCCUCCUUCUCCAUCAUCCCAUCCGUCUACCUGCUGGCCUUCCUGGUCGGUUGCCUCGGCAACAGCCUGGUGCUCUGGGUCUACCUGGAUCGAGCUGAGGGGAGGAGAACCAGGACCGGGGACAAAAACCAAACUGGAGUUGGAGAGUUUUGUUGCACCAGCAUGUUCAGGGCCGGUCAGCGGAACAUUAGCGGAGCCGGUAGAGUUCAGCGUGAGUCUUUUCCUCAGAGGAACAAGGAAAACUGUGGAUUUUCCUCAGGACAGAACUGCAGACCCUCCUUUCACUCUUCCACCUCCUCCUGCAACCCUCCCUCCGUCCCUCGUCCCUCUCGCUCACUCACAGAGUCUCUAAUAGCCAGCUUAGCGUUAGCUGACCUCUGCUUCCUUGUGACUCUCCCGCUGUGGGCCGUCUACACAGCCAUGGGCUACCACUGGCCUUUUGGGCAACCCCUCUGCCAAGUCAGCAGCUUCCUCACUGCCCUCAACAUGUAUGCCAGCGUGUUCAGCCUGAGCAUGCUCAGUGUGGAGCGGUACUGGGUUCUGACUGGACGCCGUCACUCCAGCCACCAUGCCGCGCGGCGCCGCCCCAGCAGGGCUUUGCGGAUACUCGGGGGCGUGUGGCUGCUGGCAGGGGUGCUGGCGCUUCCUGGUUUGCUGCUGCGCUCCGUCCGGGAGAUGGAGCUAGACUCUGGAUCUGAGGAUGAUUGGCAGCUAGAGCCUGCUGACUCUGGAUCAGUCUUCCUCUCCUGCCAGAUGGAUUACUCCAUGCUGAUAGGAGCAGAGCUGGGGGAGGCAGAAAAAGAGAGGGCAGAGAUGUGGUGGGCUGCCGCCCUGAGUCUUAAAUCCACUCUAGUUGGCUUCCUGCUCCCUCUUGUCAUCUUACUGGUCUGCUACUGCUCACUGGCCCAGCUCCUCAGCAGACAUUUUGGACAGGGCCCUCGUCCUGACCGCAGGCGCCAGCGCAGACUCCUCAGGGUCAUUGUCACUUUAGUGAUGGCGUUCUUCCUGUGCUGGCUGCCGCUGCACGUUAACAAGACUGUGUCCAUGCUGCUGGAGUUUGGCUUUGUCCCGUACUCCUGCUCUUUAGAUCAGGUUCUACUGGCUGCUCACCCCUACGUCACCUGCUUAGCUUACCUCAACUCCUGCCUUAACCCUCUCCUCUACGCUGCCUGCGAUCCGUCGUUUAGGAAGAGAUGCCGAGGCGCUCUUCUCACGUUGUGCUGGACGAGCAGAAGAGGUGCAGAGGGAGGGGAGGGAAAGAGGGAUGAAGGAGAGGAAGAGAAGGAGGAGAGGAGCUCAGCUUCGCCCACAGGAACGCAGGAGGAAACAGCAGACAGGACAGAGGAGGAGAUGGUGGGGGAGAAUAUAAGGACGCCCCCUACGGUGGAAGUCGGCGGGUCCUCGUCGAGUCUCCUUGAACCGCCUCCGUGCACGGCUUCGCAUCAGGGACAGGUCUGCCACCGGGAGAAAAACUACCGCACCGCGGGAACGUCGACGCCCGCUUUGGGCUGGUUUUGA